CUUCCUCCCACAGAUCUUUCGGCUGUGCGGGAUUCCAUCUUAGGUCGGUGGAACCAAGUCAGCCGCCGAAAGAGUCCCGGUUGCACCUCGGCAGCAAGUGGCGAUUCCCCAUUGCCCACCUUUUUGUCCACACUCCUGCCUACUGCCAUCCACAAGAGAUAUCAUGCCUCUGCCCCAGAAGAGUCCACAAUACUCAUGUGAUCGAUGCCUUCCAGCCCGCAGUGUGACCCAGGGCCUGGAGGAUGCAGAUGACUCCAAGGCUCUGGAGGAGACCUGUCUCUCCUCCCAUCCUCUAAUGCCUGGCACUUCGAAGGAGGCUCCUAGUGUUGGUAUACCCAGCAACCCUGAGAAUCCUCAGAGUUUCUGCUCCUCUUCCAUUGCCAUCGCAACCACCUCAACAAGUGAGCUGAAUGAGGGCUCCGAUAGCCAAGAAGAGGAGGAUAGCACCUCAGGGGCUGGGCCAGAUGCCAAAAAUGUGCCUGUAGAUGCCCUAGAUAAGAUGGUGGCUUUGUUGGUGGAUUUCAUGCUGUUCAAGUAUCUAAAGAAAGAGCUCAUGACAAAGGCAGAUACGAAGAUCGUCAUCAAAGGGUAUGAAGAGCACUUCGCUGAGGUCUUCCUGAAAGCCUCUGAGCGCAUGGAGAUGGUCUUCGGCCUUGAUGUGAAGGAAGUGGAUCCCAUCAACCACUGCUAUGCCUUCUUCAUCAAAUUGGGCCUCACCUAUGAUGGGGUGCUGCAUGGUAAAGAGGGCAUACCCAAGACGGGUGUCCUGAUACUUAUCCUGGGUGUGAUCUUCAUGAAGGGCAACAGUGCCACUGAAAAGGAAGUCUGGGAAGUUCUGAAGUUGACGGGGAUAUAUCCCGGGAGGAAGCAAUCCCUCUUUGGGGACCCCAGGAAGCUCAUCACCCAAGAUUUCGUGAAGGGAAAGUACCUGGAAUACCGCCGGGUGGCCAACAGUGAUCCCGCACAAUUUGAAUUCCUCUGGGGCUCAAGAGCCCACGCUGAAACCACCAAGAUGAAAGUCCUGGAGUUUCUGGCCAAGGUUCAUGGGACUGACCCGAGUUCUUUCCCAUCUCAGUAUGAGGAGGCUUUGCAAGAAGAAGAAGAGAGAACCCGAGCCAGAAUGUCAGCCAUGGCUAUCUCUACUUCUGUGGCCACUGCAAGUUUGUAGUGCCAAGUCCAGUCACUUCUCUUGCCCCUAGUGAAGCCUGAGGCAGGUUCUUCACUUUGUCUUUGAGAAGGUCAGUUAGUGUUCAUAGAAUUUAGGUCUGUGAUGAGGUGAAAGCAAUAGUUUAUAUGUCUAUGUGUUCCUAUAUUGUGUAAUUUGAAAAUUAUUUUUUAAACUUAUGCAUUUGUUUAAAUAGUGUUUCUUUUGAUAUAGAUUCAAUUAGUCAAAAUCUCCAAGUUUAUGAAACUAUAGGUCACAAAUUUAAUGCUAUGAUGAGGUUUAAUAUAGUGUGAGUUUUGUUAUUUUAUUAAACUGUGAAACCAUCUUAAAUAAUUACUUGGAAAAGAUAACUUGGAACUGCAGUAGGUGUUUACUGCAAAUCUGAGAGUGAUCAGUUUUAAGGUGGUUGAGUUCAAUAAAUGGAAAAAAAAAAUUGUCAAUCUGUGGCCCCCUUUUGCCUUUUAUAUUUUUUUUUAUAAAAUUAGAUUAUAUAUUCUUUAAUAUGCUGAACUUGUUUAUGGAUAUAUAAAAAUAAAUGUCAAUAUAUUAGACCCCCUGUUUGUUUCUUUUAUUCCCCAAACCUUAACUGAACAUUUGCUUUUGGAAAUCACUAUGGUGGUCUUGGAGAUUCUAGCAUUAACAAGACCUACGACCUGCCCUUUUAAUUUUUAUCUAUAGGAUCAGCAAUCCUAUAAUUAUGGUGGGAUAUCUUCUCAUAUCUAAGGGGCAAGUAAAAGAAGGAGUUAGUAUGUGAGUGGAGGUGUUCCAUUUGAGACUGUAAAAUGUUAGUGCCCUGGAGAAAGUAAAUUUGGGGAUUGGGGAACCUGGAAUUCCUAUAGUGAGUGUUAAUUUUUAACUUAAAUUUGGAUGUAGGCAAGCUGAGCCUGCGGGGGGUGGUGAUCAGAUAUUAGAGCUUCAGAGAGUUUGUCACUGAACUGAGACUCGCAAAUCCUGAUUGCAAAAGUGUUCUUUUAUGUACUUUGGGUAAUGGUUAAAAAAGACAUAAAUCUCCAUUGGGGCAGGAAUACAAGUUGUUCUGUGAUAUUGUCCCUGUGCCAUUGAACAUAAUU